GAAUUUUGUCCGUGGAUCCUGUCGAUGGGGUCAAAACUGUCGCUUCUUGCACGCCAGAAAGUCAGCCCAGAUCUGCAGGUACUUCCAGAGCGGGGUUUGCAGUUAUGGAGAGCGAUGCAGCUACCAGCUGGAACCGGUGCCCGUGGGGACCCACUAUGGCCCCGUGCCCCCCAUGCCCCCCAGCCGCUGGGGCUCAGAGCCCAGCAGUGCGCCCACAGCAGCGGCCCAGGGCUGGGGGAGAGUCCGGCGCAGCUCAGCCCACCCUGUCCCCAACGAGACACACGUGGCCUUCAAGUUCCCAAGCAUGGAGGUUGAGGAGGAAGAAAAAGACAAGGAGGAUGUCCCAGCACCUGGUAAUGUCCCCCAUGGGGCCAUCGGUGGAGAAUCUGUCCCCGCACGAGCUCAGGGUGCCUCAGGCUCCCACCCACGAGGUUUGGGACUGGAUCCAAACUCCUCUGACCCUAGGGAGACAGCGACAUGGACAGACCCUGCAGAGGUCCCGGCGGAUCCAAGUGCUGCAGCAGCCCUGGUCCCCACCGCAGUGUUGAGGGCUCGGAGUGAAGCUGUGGUGUGUGGCAUCUGCAUGGACCGGGUGUACGAGAAGCCACUGCCAGAGGAGCGGCUCUUUGGGAUCCUCCCCAACUGCUGCCACGCAUACUGCCUGGGCUGCAUCCGCAAGUGGCGUCGCAGCCAGGACUUCCAGAGCACGGUCAUCAAGGCCUGCCCAGAGUGCCGGGUCACCUCCAGUUACUACAUCCCCCACAAAUACUGGGUGUCGGACAUGGGUGAGAAGGAGAAGCUCAUUGAAUCCUUCAAGGCACGGAUGGGGAAAAUCAGGUGCAAGUUCUUUGUCCGGAACCGCGGCCGCUGCCCCUUCAAGUCAGACUGUAUCUACCUGCACGAGCUGCCGCCCGGUCGGCCGCCGCGGCGCAGGAGACAGCGGCUGAGGAUGCCCGUGGUAAGUGGGGAGUUCAGCCCGUCUCCCGUGGGGAGCUCUGAUGAGGAGGAUGAAGAGCUCAGCACCCUCGAAUGGGCUCUCACCGUGGCUCUGGUGGAGAUGGACUUUUGGCACUCGAGUUAUGGCCAUGAGUUCUUCACAGACUCCAGCGACUCCGACUAA